ACUUCUUCUCUUUAGUUUUCUAAUGUUGACAAAUCCGCCACUGAUCUACCAUAAAUUGUGUAGCAAAAAGUGUCGGAUUAACAAAUUGUAAUUUCUAAUUGCUUUGAUUGCUUAAACACAAAAUGAAAAAGAAGAAUAAGAAAAAGAUCAGCGGAAAUGAGAAAACGCUGAAAAAGACUGAAAAGAAACUCAACAGUAAACACAAAAAAGAAUUGGCGGUUCUGAAUGAGGAAGAUAUAGAAACGGUUAUUGCUCAAAUUGAAAAAGAAGAAGCAUCUAGACAAAAGGUUGUAGAAGCAGUGGUUUCACCACCCUCUCGUAGAGUUAAUUUUACAUUAACCCCUCAUCCGUUUAAAGAUGAGCUUAUUAUGCUUGGUGGCGAAUUUUGUAAUGGCCAAAAGACAGUAGUUUAUGGUGAUUUGUUUUUUUAUAAUAUAAAUAAGAACGAAUGGACGGUUGUCAAAGCACCUUAUGCUCCGCCACCAAGAUGCAGCCAUCAAGCGAUUGGUACACAAUCGAACAAUGGUGAAAUUUGGAUCUUUGGUGGAGAAUUUUCCAGUCCAUCAGAAUCACAGUUUUAUCACUAUCGAGAUUUGUGGAAAUUUCAUAUAGGAGAAAAAAAAUGGGAAAAAAUAUUGGCUCCUGGCGGACCUUCAGCGAGAAGUGGUCACAGAAUGAUAAAUAUAAAAAAAAAUUUAUAUGUCUUUGGUGGUUUCUACGAUAAUCAUAAAGAUUGCAAAUACUUCAAUGAUAUCUAUUGUUUUAAUAUGACAAAUUAUGUAUGGAAUAGAAUUGAAACUUCAGGGAUUCCACCUGUGCCUCGAUCAGGUUGCAUAGUGUUACCCACGCCGGAAAACAAAAUUCUUAUUUACGGAGGUUAUAUUAAGGAAAAAAUAAAAAAAGAUGUUUACAAAGGCCAUAUACACAGUGACAUGUUCUUACUAACUCCUGAAAAAAAUGAUGAAACUGGCUUAAAAUGGAAAUGGUCUACUGUAAAACCAAGUGGCAUAACAGUAUCACCUAGGUGUAGUGCAUCAGCUGUUAUCGUUCAACCAAAUAUAGCUUAUAUAUUUGGAGGAGUAUUUGACGAAGAGGAUAAUGAGGAAGAACUGAAUGGAAGGUUAUUUAAUGACCUUUUUUCAUUAAAUUUGAGCAAGCCACAGUGGCAUAGAGUUCAUUUAAGUGGGAAAACUGAUUUGGCUGUACGUAAAAAAAGACGGACAAUUAAAGAUAAUGAAAAUGAAGAAAAUAUUGAGGAGAAUGAGAUAGAAGACAAUACGGAAGAUGUAGAGACCGAAAUUGAGAGUGCCCUUGCAAGAACCGUAGUGACAGAUGAUGACGGAAUCUUUACUGUCACUCUUGGUCCUACACUUUCAACAAACAAAGUCACAUCGGAUGUCGGAGUACCUGUUUCAGAUACAUUCACACCAGCAGCAAGAAUUAACGCUAGUUUAGCUGUAAAGAAUAAUAUAUUGUACAUGUACGGAGGCAUGAUCGAAGAUGGAGAUAAACAAUAUACGCUAAAUGAUUUUUACAGUUUAGAUUGUAAAAAAUUGGAUAAAUGGACAACGAUAAUAAACGACGAUAUAUCAACAUUAGUCUUGUUAGACUCUAGCAGUUCUGAAUCAGAAUCCGAUGAAGAUAUCGAUGAGGAUAAUAAUGAAAUGGAAGAUGCAUAAUUUACUCAUUUGUAAAGAAAUAUUGUCAAAUCUUUAAUUAUAAAAUAUUAUAUACAAUAUAACAAUUUG